AUGGGUUCGAAUUGGGUGGAAAGUGGUUGGACGCUCAACGUGACUGGCACAGGCUUUGCACCACCAAGAAGCGCAGGCGCAGACACGUACGUGGAGGUUUCAGUCUGCGGGCGGCCAUGCGAAGUGGUUGAUGGUGGAUAUGAUUGGCUGGAAUGCAUUGUCCCAAAUGUCACCACAUCCGAGGUGGUUCUUGGCGCUUCUAAUACCAUUGUCAUGCCAGUGGCACGGGUUCUCACCCGAAAUGCAGGCACCGUCAGCGAAGCGCCGGUGUGCUUCCAUGGUGUUGGUGACAACCAUUUUGAGGUUGGCCAUUCAACUUGCGCAGCUGUUUUUGAUGAUGAUCCUGAAGUGGUGGGAGGAACCACUGGCACGAACUGCCAUGUGGGUGUAGAUUUUGGCAAGUUCACGACAGCCAGAGUAGAAAAGAUCCGUUGGCAUCCGCUCUACGACUUUUUGGAGGCAGAUUCGUAUAUCAACGGCAAGUUUCAGAUUGGCACCCUUGCGGAACUCCAAACAUGCGAUGAAUUAAGUUAUGGGUGGAGAGGUGUUGAGUACCAGGGCUGUCAGGAUGUCUCGGAGAGGGGAAAUCCUUGCAUGAUUUGUGUCAGAUGCUGGCUACACUGA